GUUAAAACACACUUCAUCCCAAGUCACCCCAAAAUUGUACUCACAAAUUCUUGAUAAUUGAAAGAUCAAUAGAUAACAUACCCCCCACCCACCCACCUUCUACCCCCAUUUGUUUUUCUAAAGUUGCUUUCCCAAUCACUCUCAAUCAGCACAUGAUAUGCUUUUCAAAGCAUAACUAAACAAAUUGCUGUACAUGAAAGCUUAAAAACAGGAAAGCAAGAAAAGCAAGCCAUUUUGUACCAUCAUCAUUCAAGAAUGAUACUCAAACAAAAUGUUUGGAUAUUUUAUCAACAUGCAUGGCUAUAUAAAUUGAUUUUCUCACCCCUUUUCUCUGCAUGCUUCAAAUCCAAUUUUCUUGAAUCUGGUCUUCCCUGAAAAUGGCAGCAGAAAAAUCUGUAGAAUGAGAUUUGAAUUUCUUCAAUUUUGGAGAACAUUAAUAAACCAAACAUGGGAAAGAAAAAGUGUUGGCUCACUUAUGUGAAGAGGUUCUUCAUUCCUGAGCCAAAACCAAAAUCUGAAGAGAAAUGGAGAUGGAUAUUCAAAAGAUUCAAAUUCAGACACUAUCCUGCAAUUGAGGAAGCUCCUGAGAAAGCACUGAGUCAUGCAACAGAAGAGCAGAGGAAGCAUGCAUUAGCUGUCGCCAUUGCCACGGCGGCAGCAGCAGACGCCGCUGUGGCUGCAGCCAACGCAGCCGCGGAGGUUGUCCGCCUCACCAGCGCCCCACACAGCCACCGGCUCAGAAGCCAGCACGCUGCCGCCAUCAGAAUCCAGAGUACUUAUAGGGGCCAUCUUGCUAGGAAGGCUUUGAGUGCUCUGAGAGGCCUUGUGAAGCUUCAAGCAGUGAUUAGGGGGGAGCUGGUGAGGCGUAGCGUGGUUAGAAAGCUGUCGUCCAUGGCUUUUCUUGCAGAUUUAAAGAAGCCGCGAGCUGAGAAGAAGAGAGUGCCAACCCUGCUUGAGUGCCUCAGCCAGAGUGAGAGUAGGCAUAGUCUUGGCAGAAAGGAAGGGAUCAAGUCUGAAGAGAUGAGACUCCGAUGCAGCACGCAGAGGACGUGGGAUCUGAGCUUGAUCUCAAAGGAUAGUGUGGAAGCAUUGUAUCUACAGAAGCAAGAAGCUAUUGCUAGAAGGGAACGCAUGAAGCAGUACUCAUUUUCACAUCGGGAGAGGAGAAAUGAUGAAAGCCUGCAAGAAUUAAUGAGCAGAAAGAGCAGCAGGUUCGAUCAAUACCUCGAACUCGAGCCGGAGAAGCUCAAAACAGUUGAUGCAAGUAGACUUGGACAGCUGAGGUUGAGAAGUGCAUGCAAGAAUGAAAGAAUGGAGGAGGUGAACUCACCGUUUUCACAGCCGAGGAGAUCUUUCUGCCACGUGAAACAUAGGUCAAUCGGGGAUGAUGGAUCGUUGCCUAGUUCCCCCAUCUUCCCUGCAUACAUGGCUGCCACCGAGUCUGCCAAGGCCAGGUCGAGGUCACUGAGCACACCCAAGCAGAGGCUGAGGCUGUGUGAGACGUACUCGGGUGAUCACUCUCCCUACAGCCUCAGGACGUUUUCAUGGAGCUCCUUCAAUGACAAGAUCAACACAAGUAGCAAGCGGAACAGCAUUUCUCAGCACAUUUCUUCUAAUUUUGGAACACAUAACUGAGAGCAAUGAUUCAGCUUUUCUCCAAUCUUGUACAUAAUGUGCAUGUCACCGCGAUUUCCUCCUUGUAUCUUCGAGCUUGUAAACUCAAGAUUUUGGUGCAGUUUUUCCCCGUUGCAGUGUGUAUCUUCUUCUUCUUCUUGAAACAAUCAAGAUCAACAUUGCUGAACCAAAUUGUUGUUAAAAAUUAUGGCAGGCCAACCAGUUUCUGACAGUA